UCUCCACCGCAAAAUGACGCACGGAGGGACUCUCCAGAAAAGCGGAUUGAGGAGACGAAACCUGUCCCGUCAGCGGAUUUGAACUGCACGAGGACUCAGAUUUCCACAGGGAAAAUAAAGUUUAUUCCAUUAUUUAUAUGUUUAUUAUUAUAAUUUAGCCUUAAGAAGCCCCGAACCCUGUAACCCAUCACAAUGGGUAUCUCAGAAGUACUUAACAAACUUCGAGAUCGCGCAGAUAAAUUUCUAAAUGAGAAAAACAUAGUGACAGAUUUCCUUGGGAAACUGGAGGAGAAAACCGGGAUCAAGAGAAAAAUUAUUGCCGUAGGUAUGUAAUUUUUGUGUAGGCUAUUUGGAGGACACAUUUGUUGCCAUGUUAAUUUGAUGUGCAUGAAUAGAUACCCUGGAUACCUAAAUCGAAAUAACAUGUCUUAUUAUGUCAGUGAUGGAAACCUGUAGGCUAUUAAUUCAUAGGAAGCCUGUGUUUGUCGAAUGCGCAGCACACUUCGGUUAAUUCUUGCUGUGAACACGAACUGCAGCUAAUGGAAGUCCUAUAAAUAGCUUACGCUAUGGCGCACAAUUUGGUAUUCACCAACAGGUGUGUUUCUUUAGACGCACACUCUUCAGACUAACCUCUACCUACACUGUAAUUAUAAAUUAUUAAUAUUAGACCUACCUAAUACUAUUGUAAUGAAACAAGCAGGGAGAUUACUUUCAUGAGAUUUUUAGGAAUAUCAAUAUUUUAAUGGUGCAGUAUUAUAAUUGAAAGGACUACUGCUAUCACUGUAUGUAAACAAAAAUAACCAAACUUCCUUCAGAUACUUCACUGUCACAAAUCCUACCACAGUGCCAUGUCUUGGUAGUUUCAGACUGUCCAUUAUGUUGAAUGAUUCAUUGUCACCCUCCAGAGGACUUUGGCAAGGCAUGAGACAGGAGUGCAUUCAUGCCAGUGGGUGGCACUUAUACAGAUCUAUGUCACAUGUUGAUAUUAGCCCUAGACAGCACCACCAUAGAGAGCCAUGUGCUCUUGUGCCAUGGGUUCAGUUGUGAUGAUGUAGUUACCGGUGACCAAUGGCACCCACAUACUACCAUUAACCCACAAUUGCUUCCAGCAAAUUCGCAAUACUGUUUUAUUCAACAAGGAAUGAAUAGCUGCAAGCAUGCGCAAGACUAGAGACGUGUCUCUGGGUAUAGAGAUGAACAAGGAAUCGACAAAGCCAUAGAACAACUGUAGCCACCUGUAGACCUAAAUAUGAGAGUAGGCCAAUGUAAGUAUAUCAUCACUGGCAAACACAGCCUUUUGUAGAUUGGACUAUUCUCAAGUUAUAAUUUCUUCAAUGUUUUUUCUGCAGCUGUUACAAGGCAUUCUCUCUCUUAUACUAUUUCUCUCUCUCUCGCUGUCUCUGUCUUUGUCUCUGUCGCUCUCUCUCUCGCUCUCUUUAUGGCCCCAGAAUUAUGAAAACAGUUAUGCAUUGCUACCAAGACAGUUAUGCAUUUUGCAUGACAUUCCACAGUUCUGUAAAUCCUUUACUAUCAGUCAAUAGCAGCAUUUGAGACUCCUUUCAUAAUUUCACUAAGACUAAUUACAUUCUCAUGAAGUAGCAGUGAACUGCUUGAUUAGGAUCUUUGUGCAGUAUAAUGCUUGACCACUCGUUGUGUCUCUUGUGUUAUCAACAGGUGCAGUGUCUCUGACGGGACUGUAUUUGGUAUAUGGCUAUGGCGCCUCCCUCCUCUGUAACAUGAUUGGAUUUGUGUAUCCUGCAUAUUACUCGUAAGAACAGUAGCAAACUAGCUUUAAAGUUAAAUGUUUAAGCCAGAGCGUUUAUGUGUUGCCAUUUUAUGUUAUGUAGUACCUUGCCUCAAGUAGGGCUAUGUCAUGUUGGUUACUAUUUCCACUCUUCCAUGUAGAAUCAAAGCCAUCGAGAGCACAAACAAAGAAGAUGACACAAAAUGGCUGACCUAUUGGGUGGUCUACGGAAUCUUCAGUUUGGGGGAAUUCUUCUCUGACAUCUUCCUCUACUGGUUUCCUUUCUACUAUGCUUUCAAGGUAAGGCGAGAAUCAGAUGUGUAUCACACAGACAGACUAUCUGUGUGCCUUAUAUUCUAAGCAAACUGAAAACGGCUUCAACUCACUCAUUGUGACCAACCACUGACCUUACAGUUACAAUAUAAUUCAAGAUCACUAUAGGCUACGGAAUAUAGCAGCAUAUAACACAUUAAUAAGCAAUUAACAAGCCAUUAUAAGCUUGCUAUAAAUAAACAUUAAUAAGUUCCUGUCAAUAAAGUCUCAGUAUACCUGUGAUCAAACACCUGUAUUUAUGCUUUAUUAGGCUCAUGGAGGUGUCACGCUUUGCUUAUGUGGUUACUACAAUAUGUGUUGCCCUUCAACUGAUGUUCCUGUUUUUUUCCCUCUCUCUUUGCCAGUGCCUGUUCUUGUUGUGGUGCAUGGCCCCUGUUACAUGGAAUGGCUCUCAGAUCCUGUACAACCGGGUGGUGCGGCCCUUCUUCCUCAAGCACGAGGCCACCGUGGACAGCAUGGUCAAUGACCUCAGCGGGAAGGCCAUGAACGCAGCUGAGUCCGUCACCAGAGAAGGUACAGAGGCCCCUGACGGCCCAGUCCAGAAACAGCAAGCUCCUACCCACAAUGCAUUUCAUGUACACCUUAAAGUUAAGUAUUAGCUUAUUUUCGACUUCCCUAGGGUGUUGUCGUUUCCUCCAAACAAAAUCUCCUUGUAAGCCUGUUCGGAGAAUGUAGCAAUGCUAGUGGAAACGGAUUGUAUCAUUUUGCGGUCAGUACAUUCAAAAGCAUGCCCAACAAAUAUUGUACCUGAUUUAGUUACAUAGCUAAUUUCCCUCUGCAGUCCCUAAAUAGCUUGAUAUUUCACAGUAUAAAUCCUAUUAGAGAGCUACGUGUAACACUGCACCCAUAUAGAUGCGGUAACGAGGUCAAUGGAACGCAGGCCGUGGGGGAUAGAAUAAGGAUGCGGGAUUGGCGCAGAUUCAACAAAUCUGAUCUAACAAAGUGGAUAUUGGUUAAAUCCGUCAUGAUUGAUGUAUUGUAACAGGCCCACAAUGUGGUUACUAAAGUUCGAUUAGGAUAUACAGUGGGGAAAAAAAGUAUUUAGUCAGCCACCAAUUGUGCAAGUUCUCCCACUUAAAAAAAUGAGAGAGGCCUGUAAUUUUCAUCAUAGGUACCCGUCAACUACGACAGACAAAAUGAGAAUUUUUUUCUCCAGAAAAUCACAUUGUAGGAUUUUUAAUGAAUUUAUUUGCAAAUUAUGGUGGAAAAUAAGUAUUUGGUCAAUAACAAAAGUUUCUCAAUACUUUGUUAUAUACCCUUUGUUGGCAAUGACACAGGUCAAACGUUUUCUGUAAGUCUUCACAAGGUUUUCACACACUGUUGCUGGUAUUUUGGCCCAUUCCUCCAUGCAGAUCACCUCUAGAGCAGUGAUGUUUUGGGGCUGUCGCUGGGCAACACAGACUUUCAACUCCCUCCAAAGAUUUUCUAUGGGGUUGAGAUCUGGAGACUGGCUAGGCCACUCCAGGACCUUGAAAUGCUUCUUACGAAGCCACUCCUUCGUUGCCCGGGCGGUGUGUUUGGGAUCAUUGUCAUGCUGAAAGACCCAGCCACGUUUCAUCUUCAAUGCCCUUGCUGAUGGAAGGAGGUUUUCACUCAAAAUAUCACGAUACAUGGCCCCAUUCAUUCUUUCCUUUACACGGAUCAGUCGUCCUGGUCCCUUUGCAGAAAAACAGCCCCAAAGCAUGAUGUUUCCACCCCCAUGCUUCACAGUAGGUAUGGUGUUCUUUGGAUGCAACUCAGCAUUCUUUGUCCUCCAAACAUGACGAGUUGAGUUUUUAACAAAAAGUUAUAUUUUGGUUUCAUCUGACCAUAUGACAUUCUCCCAAUCCUCUUCUGGAUCAUCCAAAUGCACUCUAGCAAACUUCAGACGGGCCUGGACAUGUACUGGCUUAAGCAAGGGGACACGUCUGGCACUGCAGGAUUUGAGUCCCUGGCGGCGUAGUGUGUUACUGAUGGUAGGCUUUGUUACUUUGGUCCCAGCUCUCUGCAGGUCAUUCACUAGGUCCCCCCCCCCCCCCGUGUGGUUCUGGGAUUUUUGCUCACCGUUCUUGUGAUCAUUUUGACCCCACGGGGUGAGAUCUUGCGUGGAGCCCCAGAUCGAGGGAGAUUAUCAGUGGUCUUGUAUGUCUUCCAUUUCCUAAUAAUUGCUCCCACAGUUGAUUUCUUCAAACCAAGCUGCUUACCUAUUGCAGAUUCAGUCUUCCCAGCCUGGUGCAGGUCUACAAUUUUGUUUCUGGUGUCCUUUGACAGCUCUUUGGUCUUGGCCAUAGUGGAGUUUGGAGUGUGACUGUUUGAGGUUGUGGAUAGGUGUCUUUUAUACUGAUAACAAGUUCAAACAGGUGCCAUUAAUACAGGUAACGAGUGGAGGACAGAGGAGCCUCUUAAAGAAGAAGUUACAGGUCUGUGAGAGCCAGAAAUCUUGCUUGUUUGUAGGUGACCAAAUACUUAUUUACCACCAUAAUUUGCAAAUAAAUUAAUAAAAAAUCCUACAAUGUGAUUUUCUGGAUAUUUUUUUCUCAAUUUGUCUGUCAUAGUUGACGUGUACCUAUGAUGAAAAUUACAGGCCUCUCUCAUCUUUUUAAGUGGGAGAACUUGCACAAUUGGUGGCUGACUAAAUACUUUUUUUCCCCACUCUAUUUCUCUGUUUUCGCUGCAUAACAUUUAGAAGUUGUCCCUUUUCACGUUUAGAAGAAGUGAUUGCUAAAUGCUAACACCUGUUCGUUUAAGCUGGUAGCAUAGCUAGCAUACAGAAAUCGGUGGUGGUAGUCAGUCGUUUUGAACUGUAAUGCAGUUGAUUGGUGACGAUGACAUGAACAUGUAUUGGGGUUGACAUCCAUACAAGCAUUAUACUCCGAUUUUUACUUCAACGAAGUGUGAAAUGUACAUAUAAACAAUAGCCUAAAUGUGGGCUAAUUUUGCUGGGGGGCAAUGAGGAUAAAAAGGAUCUUUCCCCCACACGUUUACAUGGCAUUUCCAUUGUUUUGGUCGAGUUCCUUUGACCUCUUUACCGCAUCUAUUGAGAAAACAAUGAGGAUAGAUUUAAUGUGCUGUAGGCUAUGAGGUCACACCAGUGAUGGAUUUCAUAAGCUGGCAAAUGGUCCAGCAGGGAUUAAUGUUGUCAACUGAGGUCAUAGACAGCUUACAACAGUUAGACGGAAGGAUGGCAGGAACCAGGUCAUCUGAUAUAAAUAGAGGUAGCUAUUUUCAACCUGUGAAAGAAUGGAUACUUACUGUGAGAAUAAUGCAAAGAAUAAACAAAUGAAUUUAUACAGAAUAAACAAAUUAGCCUAAAUAUUUCUAUCCAUUUAAGUUUCAGUAAAAACUGAGCUAUACUGUUGUGUGUGUGUGUGCGCGCGCGCAUGUGUACUUGUGUGUGUGUGUUUUAGCCUCGAUUGUUUGUUUCAUCCUUUCCAACUGCUUUUGCAAUUUAAUAUGCACAGAUCGCUUACUUGUUUCUGAAGGAACCUUCAUGUCUCUUUGUUUGCAUGUGGCUUGUCUCUUUCUCUCUUUCCUGUCUGGCCUCAGUCCUUCAAACACUGGUGAAAAACAAGAGUAUAGUACCACAAGCAUCAGGGGCCAAAAGCUUACCCAGCACAUCAGAUGCAUCAGGGGCCAAAGGCUUACCCAGCACAUCAGAUGCAUCAGGGGCCAAAGGCUUACUCAGCACAUCAGAAUCAGCUGUAUGUAAAACAAACUCUUUAUUUUUGUAACAAACUCUUUAUUGCUUGAUUUCCUUUGCUCUUAGUUACUCCCUAACACUGCUCCAGCUAAGCUAAUAUAGUCCCACUAUUAGUUUGUUUGCAUGUUCGCUGUGAGUUGUUUCCCUAGAGUAUGUGUUGUCUAUACAGUGCCUUCAGAAAGUAUUCAUACACCUUGACUUAUUCCACAUUUUGUUGUGUAACAGCCUGAAUUCAAAAUGGAUUAAAUAGAUUUUCUUUCUCACCCAUCUACACACAAUACCCCAUAAUGACAAAGUGAACAUGUUUCUAGAAAUGUUUGCAAAUGUAUAGAAAAUGAAAUACAGAGAUAUCUCAUUUACAUAAGUAUUCGCACUCCUGAGUCAAUACAUUUUAGUCAUUUAGCAGAGCGACUUACAGGAGCAAUUAGGGUUACGUGCCUUGCUCAAGGGCACAUCGACAGAUUUUUCACCUAGUCGGCUCAGGAAUUCAAACCAGCGACCUUUAGUUUACUGGCCCAACUCUCUUAACCUCUAGGCUACCUGCCGCCCCAAUAUUUAUAGAAGCACCUUUGGCAGUGAUUACAGCUGUGAGUCUUUCUGGGUAUGUCUCCAUAGCAGCGGGAAUAUGUUUGGGGGUGGGGGUGCUAUGAAUUUUUUUGCCCGUGCUACAGACACCUAUAUAGGUCCGCUAAUAAUGGACUAGUAAAGGCCCAGAGCACUACUAAUAUAUUCUUUUUUUUCAGGGGGUGCUGCAGCACCCUCAGCACCCCUACUUCCUGUGGCUAUGUAUGUCUCUAAGAGCUUUCCAUACCUGGAUUUUGCAACAUUUGCCCAUUAUUCUUUAAAAGAAUCUUCAAGCUAUGUCAAAUUAGUUGUUGAUCAUUGCUAAACAACCAUUGCUAGACAACCAUUUUCAGGUCUUGCCGUAGAUUUUCAAGUAGAUUUAAGUCAAAACUGUAAUUUCAUUCAUUGAUUUGAUAUGAUUUGAUUCACUGACUUCUUGGUAAGAAACUAGAGUGUAGAUAUGGCCUUGUGUUUUAGGUUAUUGUCCUGCUGAAAGGUGAAUUCAUCUCCCAGUGUCUGUUGGAAAGCAGACUGAACCAGGUUUUCCUCUAGGAUUUUGCCUGUGCUUAGCUCUAUUCCAUUAAUUUUUUAUCCUGAAAAACUCCCCAGUCCUUAAUGAUUACAAGCAUACCCAUAACAUGAUGCAGCCACAACUAUGCUUGAAAAUAUGGAGAGUGGUACUCAGUAAUGUGUUGGAUUGAAUUUGCCCCAAACGUAACACUUUGUAUUCAGGACAAAAAGCGAAUUGCUUUGCCAAAUUUUUUGCAGUAUUACUUUAGUGCCUUGUUGCAAACAGGAUGCAUGUUUUGAAAUAUUUUUAUUCUGUACUGGCUUCCUUGUUUUCACUCUGUCAAUUAGGUUAGUAUUGUGGAAUAACUACAAUGUUGUCGAUCCAUCCUCAUGGUGAAAUCCCUGAGCGGUUUCCUUCCUCUCCGUCACCUGAGUUAGGAAGGACGCCUGUAUCUUUGUAGUGACUGGGUGAAUUGAUACACCAUCCAAAGUGUAAUUAAUAACUUCACCAUGCUCAAUUUUGAAAAACAUAAUUCCACUUUGACAUUAUGGGGUAUUGUGUGUAAGCCAGUGACAAAACAAAUCUAAAUUUAAAUCAUUUAAAAUUCAGGCUGUAACACAACAUAAUGUGGAAAGAGUCAAGAGGUGUGAAAACUUUCUAAAGGCACUGUAACCCCUGUUGUAGCCUCUAAGAAAACCACUCCUUCAUUCUAGUUGCUAGUAUCAACUCUUAGUUUUGAUAUCUCAUUUGAUUGCUAUUAUUUGUCAGAAAUAAUUCAAUGGUUUAAUUGAACAACAGAAGAUGACAACACAGUGUGAUUGAAAGUCUGAACACUAUUGAAAUGCAUGUCAUCAAAUUAGAAUGUCAUCAAAUUAGAAUACAGAUAUGUAUUCAAUGGAGCAUGUGUCAAGCCUCUCACUCACAUUGUGGACCACUUUUUUCUCCCCUCUGGCUGGUAAAUGUUGUUGGUGUGAUCGUUCCUAAACUGAUACUCUGUAGAGUCGUGUGGAAGUUAAUGGGUGCGAACUAACUAAUCCCACUCCACUGCAAUCUGUAGACAAUGGAUACUGAUAAUGUUGCCAUUAGUACCAACGUUAUUUUUCAUGUAGUCACUUUCUGCAAGCCUAGAAUGUGGGUCUAUUGUUUAAUUUUGUGAGUGUCUUGUUGGAGGAAAUGCAGUAGAAAGCACAGCCUCAACACAAAAUAAGCUAUCAAAAUGGUUUGUCAGAGCUUUUAGCACAGCAACAGAUGGCAAGGUCUGUAGUUGAGGGCUCUCCUCACCAACUGUUUUCUGAAGAAGGAAAACAAGGAUGUAAAUCAGCAAAUCCCACUUGUGAGAAGAACACAUGCCUGGAUUAAAGAUUAUGCUAGGCUUCCCUCCUCAGGGUCUUAUCUAGAACCACUACAGCAGGCAUUAGCUGAACUGUGAAAAGAGGUAGUCCACCAUCAGCCAAUUAGCUGAUAUUUAAAUUAUUCUAAAAGUAUGCUUCCCACUGCUUUGUGUUUCCCUUUCAUAAUGUGGUUGUGAAGCUCUUUUGAAAGUAAUUCUUCCUCACUGUCUUGUGUCUGUUCCUAUUCCAUGUCUACUCAUAAGAUGAUCAAUGAGUUGAUCUACACCGAACCCACUGUAGACUAAUGGUAAGUGACACACAGUCACACUGUGUGUGUAUACAAUAUCACUCACUGUAUUCACCUGGUCAACCACAAGGUUUUGUGGGCAGUGGCUGGAUCUGGUGGCAUAGAUUACUAAUUGCAUUAACCAAGUGCUCUAACCUCAUCAAGGAAUAGUUCAUUACCAAAGUUUGUCAGAUGUUUUUAGACUUCCAAAUUCGUCUCACGUCAUAUGCCAUCUGUUGUGUAGAUCCAGCUAUGCGGUGUUCCCAAAUGAAUGAGAAAAAUAUAGGCACCGUCUACUUUCUGCUAUGUAAACUCCCCUCCAUAUGUAUUUGGACAGUGAAGCUUAUGUUUUAAAUUUCUUCAUGUAUAAGUCCACAAAUUGAUGUAGCAACUGCAGAUUGCCUCUUUAUGUGAAUUUGUCCACAUACUUAUGACUUGCUCAACUGGGGGACUAGAUACAUGAAGUGCUUUAAUUUCUAAACGGUAAAACAGAUACAGUGCAUUUGGAAAGUUUUCAGACCCCUUGACUUUUUCCACAUUUUGUUACGUUACAGCCUUAUUCUAAAAUUGAUUAAAUUACAUGCUUUCCUCAUCAAUCUACACACAAUACCCCAUAAUGACAAAGCGAAAACAGGUUUUCUGAAAGUUUUGCAAAUUUAUAAAAAAUAAAAAACAGAAAUACCUAUUCAGACCCUUCACUAUGAGACUCGAAAUUGAGCUCAGGUACAUCUUGUUUCCAUUGAUCAUCCUUGAGAUGUUUCUACAACUUGUUUGGAGUCCACCUGUGGUAAAUUCAAUUGAUUGGACAUGAUUUGGAAAGGCACACACCUGUCUAUAUAAGGUCCCACAGUUGACAGUGCAUGUCAGAGCAAAAAUCAAGCCAUGAGGUCGAAGGAAUUGUCCAUAGAGCUCUGAGACAGGAUUGUGUCGAAGCACAGAUCUGGGGAAGGGUACCAAAACAUGUCUGCAGCAUUGAAGGUCCCCAAGAACACAGUGGCCUCCAUCAUUCUUAAAUGGAAGAAGUUUGGAACCACCAAGAUUCUUCCUAGAGCUGGUCGCCUGGCCAAACUGAGCAAUUGAGGGAGAAGGGCCUUGGUCCGGGAGGUGACCAAGAACCCGAUGGUCACUCUGACAGAGCUCCAGAGUUCCUCUGUGGAGAUGGGAGAACCUUACAGGAGGACAACUAUCUCUGCAGCCCUCCAUCAAUCAGGCCUUUAUGAUAGAGUGGGCACAUGGUAGCCCGUUUGGAGUUUGCCAAACGGCACCUAAAGGACUCAGACCAUGAGAAACAAAAUGAUCUGGUCUGAUCAAACCAAGAUUGAACUCUUUGGCCUGAAUGCCAAGCGUCACGUCUGGAGGAAACAUGACACUAUCUCUAUGGUGAAGCAUGGUGGUGGCAGCAUCAUGCUGUGGGGUUGUUUUUCAGCGGCAGGGACUGGGAGACUAGUCAGGAUCAAGGGAAAGAUGAACGGAGCGAAGUCCAGAGAGAUCCUUGAAGAAAACCUGCUCCAGAGUGCUCAGGAUCUCAGACUGGGGUGAAGGUUCACCUUCCAACAGGACAACGACCCUAAGCACACAGCCAAGACAACGCAGGAGUGGCUUCGGGACAAGUCUCUGAAUGUCCUUGAGUGGCCCAGCCAGAGCUCGGACUUGAACAUGAUCGAACGUCUCUGGAGAGACCUCAAAAUAGCUGUGAAGCGACGCUCCCCAUCCAACCUGACAGAGCUUGAGAGGAUCUGCAGAGAAGAAUGGGAGAAACUCCCCAAAUACAGAUGUGCCAAGCUUGUAGCAUCCUACCCAAGAAGACUCAAGGCUGUAAUUGCUACCAAAGGUUCUUCAACAUAGUACUGAGUAAAGGCCCUGGGUCUCAACCCCGCUCUGUGCAAUUGGGUCCUGGACUUCCUGACGGGCCGCCCCAAGGUGGUGAAGGUAGGAAACAACAUCUCCACUUCACUGAUCCUCAACACUGGGGCCCCCUCCUGAACUCCCUGUUCACCCAUGACUGCGUAGCAAUGCACGCCUCCAACUCAAUCAUCAAGUUUGCAGACGACACAUCAGUAGUAGGCUUUAUUACCAACAACGAUGAAACAGCCUACAGGGAGGAGGUGAGGGCUCUCGGAGUGUGGUGUCAGGAAAAUAACCUCUCACUCAAUGUCAGGAAACAGCAGAGGGAGUACCCCCUAUCCACAUUGACGGGACAGCAACAGAGAAUGUGGAAAGUCCCUCAGCGUACAUAUCACUGAUAAACUGAAAUGGUCCACCCACACAGACAGUGUGGUAAAGAAGGUGCAACAGCGUCUCUUCAACCUCAAGAGGCUGAAGAAAUUUGGCCUGUCACCUAAAACCCUCACAAACUUUUACAGAUGCAUAAUUGAGAGCCCACAACCGCAGGGCUCUCCAGAGGGUGGUGCGGUCUGCACAACACAUCACCGGGGGCAAACUACCUGCCCUCCAGGACACCUACAGCACCUGAUGUCACAGGAAGGCCAAAAAGAUAACCAAGGACAACUACCACCCGAGCCACUGCCUGUUCACCCCGCUAUCAUCCAGAAGGCGAGAUCAGUACAGGUGCAUCAAAGCUGGAACCGAGAGACUGAAAAACAGCUUCUAUCUCAAGGCCAUCAGACUGUUAAACAGCCAUCACUAGCACAGAGAGGCUGCUGCCUACAUACAGACUUGAAAAUCACUGGCCACUUUAAUAAAUGGACACUAGUCACUUUAAUAAUGCCACUUUAAUAAUGUUUACAUAUCUUGCAUUACCCAUCUCAUAUGUAUAUACUGUUUUCUAUACUAUCUUAAUAAUGUUUACAUAUCUUGCAUUACCCAUCUCAUAUGUAUAUACUGUAUUCUAUACUAACUAUUGCAUCUUAGCCUAUGCCGCUCUGACAAUGACAUUGCUCAUCUAUAUAUUUAUAUAUUCUUAAUCCAUUCCUUACUUAGAUUUGUGUGUAUUAGAUAUUUGUUGUGGAACUGUUAGAUAUUACUUGCUAGAUAUUGCUGCCAUGUCGGAACUAGAAGCACAAGCAUUUCGCUACACACGCAAUAACAUCUGCUAACCAUGUGUAUGUGACCAAUACAUUUGAUUUGAUUUGAAUACUUAUGUAAAUGUGAUAUUUCAGUUUUCUUUUUUUUAUACAUUAGCAAAAAAUUAUAAAAACCUAUUUUUGCCUUGUCAUUAUGAGGUAUUGUGUGUAGAUUGAUGUAAAAAAAAAAAUCUAUUUUAGAAUAAGGCUGUAACGUAACAAAAUGUGGAAAAAGUCAAGAGGUCUGAAUACCUUCAGAAUGCACUGUAUGUAUCCUCAAAUAAAAGGUGACAUUCUAUACUGCGGACUCGUGAAACAUUUGAUCUCAAAUCCAAAAUGGUGGAGUAUAGAACCCAAUUUAAAAUUGUAGCUUCACUGUCCAAAUAAAUAUGUUGGGGAGUGUAUACUGUGCCCAUAUUUCUCUUUCAUUUGCCGAUAUUUCUCAUGCCAUUUUGACAUAAAACUACUUUGAAAGUGUCUUACAAAAUUUGAUUUUGUGAACUAUGAGCAACUACGAGUGAAAUAUGAGCAACUAUGAGUGAACUAUGAGCAAGUGUAUUUCAUUAUAUUUACAGACCCACAGGGAGAGGCAUCCAACCAAGACAAGUCUCAGUAAUGGUACUGAAUACAGAAAACCAAACCAUGCCAGAUUCACAGGAAGGACUUUGGUUUCCAUGUUGACGUGCAAACUGCUGAACCACUAAUACUUGAUGUCUUAUGAUUGGAAAACAAUGACACAAGUCUGACAGAGAUUGGGAUACCAUUACACAGACAGAUAACGGGACAGGAAAAAACAUAACCAAGGUAAAAUGCUGCUUCAUAUCGACCAAAACCAUUGCAACUGAAAAACACUUCACAUCCGCGAUGUUGUGGGUAGUUAGUUGAAUGCUAUGCAAUGUCUGAUAUUUUGACCUUCUCAUCACCUGAUUAGAGUAACUGAAUUUAACUGGUCUUUGGUUUACAAUCAAUCCUUGUCCUUGUCCUCCAAUGCAGGAGUGUGAGGGCUCAAUGCUUCAACAAUAGCCCACAGUGUUCUGGUCUUAGACUUCAUUGCUUUAGUUUUCACUGUUGUCCUUUGUUUCUUUUUUAUUUGGACAUGUUUUUGUCUCUUUUUGUCUUGUAACAGUUUUGUAUAGUCAGAUCUAGGCCAUAUGAAAAUGAAAUUGACACAUAAUUCUACUGUAAGUUAGAAAUGCAUUGGGUCUUGGAAUCCGAGUGAUAUAAUUGUCCAAUGUUAAAUACUAGUACUGUGUAUUUAACCAAACAUUUAAGUUGAAGGAGAAAGGGUAAUAAGUGGUACUAGUAGUCAUGAGUUAUGCAAUUAAGUUAUUUCAGAAACAUUCCUUUAUUCCUUUAUUAUUAUACAUGUACCUAUGUUGUACUCUCAAAAGGACAUAAAGUAAGUUGUACCUUGUGUAUCAAUAAAAGUGUCCUUCUUAUUAA